CAUAUAAACCUUCACUCCCAACUCAAACAAACACCAAGAGAAGAAAAACCCAUCUUUUAAACUCUCUUUCUUUAAUCAAUUCUCCAAAUUACACAAUUAGGGUUUGUGAUCAUCAUCAGCCAUGGCCAUUUCUCCAAGAAAGCUUAGAUAUGAUGUGUAUUCAUACUCCUACCAAAAUGACUCAAACACCCCUCUCGUCAUCUCAGUUCUUGCUUCUUUAAUCAACAGAACUCUGGCUAGAAACGAAAGAAUUGGUAGAAAGUGUGUUGCAGGAAUGAGUGGUUCCAAAACUAUGGUUUUUGAUUGCCAUGAGACACCAGACAUGACGAUACAGUCGUAUCUUGAGAGAAUAUUCCGGUACACCAGAGCUGGACCAUCGGUGUAUGUGGUGGCAUAUGUUUAUAUCGAUAGGUUUUGCCGAUCACAUCCGGAGUUCAGGAUAACUGGCCGGAAUGUGCAUAGGCUUCUUAUUACAACCAUCAUGCUGGCUUCUAAAUAUGUUGAAGACAUGAAUUACAGAAAUUCAUAUUUUGCAAGAGUUGGUGGAAUAACAACAAAAGAAAUGAACAGUUUGGAGCUUGAUUUUCUGUUCUUGAUGAACUUCAAAAUGCACGUAAAUGUGAGUGUUUUUGAGAGCUACUGUUGUCAUCUAGAGAGAGAAGUGAGCAUCGGAGGUGGUUAUCAUAUCGAGAAGACUUUACGAUGUGCAGAAGAAAUUAAAUCUCGGCAACGAGGAUUCAAUCAAAUUACCCGAAUUACUUUGUAGUUUCUUACGACGUAAUG